AGUAAAGAGAUCAAGAUAACUGACAUGGAAAACGUUCUGAAGGGUGAAAGAACUUCCACCUCAAUUGAUGAGGAAGUGGUUGGUUUUAAGGAUGAUGCUGAAAACAUAAUUCAACAAUUGACGGGUGGAACGAAGGAACUAGACAUUGUCUCGAUUGUUGGAAUGCCAGGACUAGGCAAAACAACUUUGGCUACAAUGGUUUUCACUCAUCAUUGUAUUGAUAAACACUUUGACGUUCGAGCAUGGUGCUCUAUUUCAAAAGAAUAUAAUUUGAGGAAGGUGUUCUUAGAGAUUCUUAAACAAGUUGUAGGCAGUGUGGAUGGUAUACGAAAUGAAGACAUGCCAGACAAGCUGCGCAAGAGUCUAAUGCACAAGAGAUACCUCAUUGUUUUAGAUGAUAUAUGGGAAGUUGAGGCUUGGGAAGAGUUGCAGUUAUCUUUCCCCGAUGAUGAAAAUGGAAGCAGAGUAGUGCUAACAACUCGAGAUGAGGAAGUGGCUAGGCAGCUUAAGCACCACAGUGAUCCAUAUUUUCUUCGAUUUCUCACUGUGGAUGAGAGCUGGGACUUAAUUCAGAAGAAAGUAUUUCAAGGAGAGAUUUGUCCCCCAGAGCUACUUAAAAUAGGAUUACAAGUUGCUGAAAACUGCAAGGGAUUACCUCUUGUGAUUGUUUUGAUUGCUGGAAUUAUUGCAAAGCAAAGGGAAGCCUCUUUGUGGCUUGGGUUCGCAGAAGAUUUAAGUUCCCAUGUAUUAGAAGAGCAAAGCAUGAAGAUAAUAGAAUCAAGUUAUGACCAUUUGGAGGACCAUUUAAAAUCUUGCCUGCUUUACAUGGGAUUGUUUCCAGAAGACCAUCAAUUUCCAGUAUUCAAUUUGCUAAACUUGUGGAUAGCGGAAAAUUUUAUACACAGUGUGGACACAGAGAAUGUUGAAGAAGCAUCUAAAAUUUGCUUGAAUGAUCUAGUGAACAGAAGCUUAGUUAUUGUUUCUCGAAGGAGAGAAGAUAACGGUGAGAUAGAAUACUGCACUGUUCAUGAUGUAGUGCAUGAGUUUUGCAUGAGGAAACUUACAAAAGAAAAGUUUAUGCAGUACCGGCCUUCAAAGGAACCCCAAUAUAUUAGGUUUAUCCAUGAUGAUCUUGUUCACCAAUUGUUGCAGUAUACAAAAUCAUUGGAUAGGAUUCCAAUGUUGGCAGGCUUGAAGGAAGGAGAGUCUUUUGCUCAAUGUCAUGAUAGGUCUCUUAAGUUUAUUGCUCAUCCAAAGUCCCGUGUUUGGGAAAAGACUUUUCCUUUACUCGAUAACUUAAGAUUUAUUCGGGUGUUGCAUUUGUCAGAUGUCUAUUUGGAAAGACGUUCUUGGACUACAGCAGUGCAAGCAGUAACUCACUUGAGAUAUCUUGCAAUUUGUACCCAAGAAUUUGAUUUCCAGUGGGUAUCACACCUACGCUAUCUACAAACUUUGCAGGUGGUGGGGAAUAGUGAUUUUUCAAGGCGUUUCGAGACAUCCCCUUCUAUUUGGAAUAUACAGGAUUUUUCCUUCAAAUGGGAAGACAAUGAUCGAGCACUGUUCGAAGAAUCUUCAUCAACUUUGUUACCAGACUUGAAGACUUUUGGGAAGUGUCGUAUAUACUUGGCUGAUAAGACUCCGGAGUUCUGGUGGAGAUUUCCAAAUAUUGAACAACUCAAGCUCCACUUUAUUGAACCAGGUUAUGAAGUUGAUAUGCCUAAUCUUGAAGAACUCCCACUUCAAUCUCUCGAACUGUGUUUUUCACGCCCGAUUUCAGGCUACAAAUCCAUUGGACAGGCCCGCUGUGUUGUCUUCCCUUCAAAUCUAAAGGAUUUGUCCCUUGAUAGACUUUGCCUAACAGAAGAAGCUUUUUCACAACUUGCAAGUCUGCGAAACCUUGAAAGUCUCAAACUACGUAAUAUAUACUUUAAGCCGGAAAGUAGAUUCAGGCAGGCUGGAUAUAGCAUAUGUUGGGAUGUCAGUGAUUAUGAGUUCCUAGCACUCAAAUACUUUCUUUUACAGAAUAUUCUCGUGACAGAAUGGCGCUCCUCAGAGUCAUCCUUCCCUGUGCUGGAGAAAUUAAUUAUAAACAAAUGCACAAUUCAGUGUGAUCAGAUCCCUUCUAGCUUUGUGGAUAUCCCGACAUUGAAGUUGAUUAAGUUGAUUGGCUGCAACUACUCACUUGAGAAGUCAGCUUUCAACAUUAAAAAUGAAGUGGAAGAGAUCGCAGGAUGUGAUAGUCUCCAAGUUCAUAUUCAGUAUCAACCAGACAGAUAUGCAGAUGCAGAUUUUGCAGCAGAAUGCUUCAGUGUUUGGGAUCAAGAAAACAACCGUAGCUCACUGACGCCUUUUGACUUGAGGUUGCAAAUGACUUAUGUUCCCAUGUUUGUAAUGACCUAUUAGUUUGUUUUGAGUUUUAG